UGCUGCGGUGGUAGUACCUCUGAGGUAGGCUGUCCGCUUCGCCGAUGGGCUCUGCUCCAGGAGUAUAGCUCCAUGAAUAACUUAAACGACCCCCCAAAUUGGAACAUCCGGCCCAAUUCCAGGGCUGAUGGGGGUGAUGGAAGCAAGUGGAAUUAUGCCCUGUUGGUACCAAUGCUGGGAUUGGCAGCAUUUCGUUGGAUUUGGUCAAGGGAAUCCCAAAAAGAAAUAGAAAAAGUAAGAGAAGCAUAUCAUCAUAAAACCGCUGCCUUUCAGCAGGAUCUUGAAGCUAAAUACCGUGCUGUGAUCUCAGAACACCGGCGUGCUGUUGCUCAGCUGUCUUUGGAACUGGAAAAAGAGCAAAAUAGAACAGCUAGUUUUCGUGAAGCCCUUAUCUCUCAGGGGCGUAAGCUGGCAGAAGAAAAGAAGCUUCUUGAGCAGGAACGGGCUCAGAUAAUGCAAGAAAAAAGCCAGCUGCGGCCUCUGAGAAGUGCUUACCUGAACUGCCUGGAAGAAGAGGAUGACUGGCAGAAGAGAGCCCAGCUUAUGCUGAAGGAGGUGGGAGAAGCUCUCGAGGAACGCCAGAAUAUCUACUGUAGCCUGAUUCUUCCCCGUAGCACACGGCUGGCGCUGGAGAAGAGCUUACUGGUGCGCACCUCUGUUGAUCCGGUGGCUGCUGAUCUAGAGAUGACAGCUGGCUUAUCGGACAUAUUUAAGCAUGAUAAGCAUUGUGGAGAUGUCUGGAACACCGACAAACGCCGAAAUGGGAGGCUCAUGUGGAUGUAUCUCAAAUAUUGGGAACUGCUUGUUGAACUUAAAAAGUUCAGGAAAGUUGAGAAGGUUAUACUAGAAAAAUAAGAGUGAAAUGGAACUCAAGGCCUCAUUCACCAUGGCAGUCUGUAUUUUAGGAUCUCUGAUAUUUCCUGUGUUCCCUUGCCACUGAAUGUGACCCUUUGUGAGAACUCAAGUCUUUCCACCCUUUCAACAGUACAGUAGGGCCUUAGCAGAUAAGCUUUUUCUGUGAUGCUCUGCAACUAUUAGAGAUUCACUUUUUCUGAAGCAUUUUUGAGCUGCUAAUAUUUAGCAGAACCUGUACAACUGUGUAUUUUAGUUCUAGGGGAAAGAAAAAUGUAAAGCUCCAAUGCAGUAUUCUUACUCUAAGAAAU